UUUUAGUUCCUCUCGAUCACAAUUCACAACCAUCCCCCUGCCUACACCUCACUCUAUUUAUCCUUCUUUGCUCACUCCAAUAUUUCCUACUCCUCCAGUCUAGUCACCUUCAAUACAGAGAGAAGAGAUAAUAGAAGCAGACAUUGCAAAGAAAAAUGGGUAAUUAUAGGUUUAGAUUAUCAGACAUGGUACCAAAUGCUUGGUUUUACAAGCUCAAGUACAUGAGUACCAAUAGCAAAAACAGAAGCAAAAGCCAAACCAAGAAAAGCCAAACAUCAUCAUCCUCGUUAUCAGCUUCAUCUUCUUCAAUAUUUUCCUCAAAAUCAUCAAAUCUUCAACAAACCAAAACACAACAACAACCCCAUAACAACAACUUGUCAUGCCAAAGAAAAUCCUAUUACUUUUCAAGAAACCUUAGUCCUAAGAAUAAUCCAACUCCCAACAACAUUAAUAUCUCAGAGCCACCAAAAAAAUCUUCCAAGAAAAAGAGGAACACUACUAGGAAAUCAAUUUCUCCUAGGUUUGUUAAUUCAACUGUCUCAGCAGGCUGCAACUGCCGUGCUUCUCUUGAAUCUGUUUGGACAACUCCUGAGGAUUUCCCAAAUUCCCCCUUUUCAUCUUCUUCUAAUUUUUCUUCUGAACAAGAAUCCUCUGUCCACUCUCCUAAAAUAUUUGAUUCCAUGAUUCUGUCUGCAUCUUGUCAUUGCAAAAUCCACAAUGAUAUGAAUGAGAACGAUCAUGGGUUUGACUCUGUUGAUCUUCCUCCAAUUUUGACCAAACCCAAAAAACUUCAAGAUUCAACAAAUUGUACAAAGAAAAGGCAAGAAAAAUCAGAGCAUAAAUCUUUAACAGUGAAGAUAGUGAAAAAAGAACAGUGUACUAUUACAAGUCCAAAGAGAAGAGUUUCAGUGAGUUCAUCAAAUGGUGGGGUUAAGCUGAGAACAAAAUCUCCAAGAAUUGUAAGCAGAAAAAGUGUCUCUUCAAGUACAAACAUGUUAAGGACAAGUGUUGGUGAAAGCUUUGCAGUGGUGAAAUCAUCUAAAGAUCCACAGAGAGAUUUUAAAGAAUCAAUGGUGGAGAUGAUAGUAGAGAAUAACAUAAGAACAUCUAGAGAUUUAGAAGAACUUCUUGCUUGUUAUCUUUCAUUAAAUUCAGAUCAGUAUCAUGAUCUUAUCAUCAAGGUUUUCAAGCAAAUUUGGUUUGAUAUUACUGAUGUUCAGCUAAAAUAGGGGCAGUCCGGUUACGAAGCAUUGUUCAGCUAAAAUAGGGGCAGUCUGGUUGCGAAGCAUCACGCGUUAAGCAGGUGCGAAAAAAAGACAUACCCAAAGGAAAUGUAAUGUAAGCAAUCUACCUCGGGCUGAUUUCAUACCUCGAACCCAAGACUUAUAUAUUACAUAGAAACAACUUUGCAGUUGAUCCAAUGCUUCCUUCUUAUAUUGAGCUAAAAUAAAUUUUGUAAAUUUUGUUUAAGUAUAGUUAUUAUGAUAAUGUGUAUAAGUAAAAUAUUCCAAUGUUUUAAUGGAUAAUUUGUCAGAUUACCUAUUGA